GGAAAUGAAGGGAGGGGGAGGGAAGGAAUGAAAGGCAUAGAGAGAGUAAUGUCAGCUGAGCUCAGAAAGUAAACAGAGGCAGAGAUUGCAGCAUGCUGUCUGCGGGACGGGGAAUACAGCUGAGGCAAACCCACAGGAGCACUCGGACAGUUGGAUGGACAAACACCUUUAUGUCCAGAGGAGAGGGCUGGCUCUUCUCCUUCUCCUUAAUUUUCAUCUCUUUCCCAUUGGGGACAGCAUGGCCAUUCGAUUACAGGUACUUGCACAACCACUGCCCAGGUCCAGAGUGGAACAUUAUGUGCAGAGGCUGCUGUGAGUAUGACGUUAUCCGCUGUAAGUGUCCUAUACAAGGCACUCCGGUUGGCUACGCUGUGCCCUGCUGCCGGAAUGCCAUCAACGAGUGUGACCCCUGCAUCAUUCAUCCAGGCUGCAGCAUAUUUGAGAACUGUAAGCGUUGUAACAAUGGCACAUGGGGGCCCAAGGAUAACUUCUUUGUUGAUGGCCAAUACUGUGCCGAGUGUCGCCCCGGCUGGUCUGGAGGAGAUUGCAUGAAGUGUGGGGGAGUUAUUCAUAAACAACAGGGACAUUUGGUUCUUGAGAGCUACCCCAACAAUGCAAGGUGUGAGUGGACCUUGCAGGUGGAAAGGCCUUUUACCAUUGAACUUCGGUUUAUGAUGCUGAGCCUGGAAUCUCAUCCUUCCUGUCGUUACGACUUUGUGGAGGUCCGUGAUGGAGACAGCAUUAACUCCCGUGUCAUCGGUAGAUUCUGUGGAAACAACCGUCCCGCAUUACUCCAGAGCUCUGGCAACACUUUGCACAUUCUGUUUGUUUCUGACGGAUACAAGAAUUUUGACGGAUUCUUUGCUACUUUCCAGGAAAGCUCAGCUUGCAGCUCAUCCCCUUGCCUGCACGAUGGGACUUGUAUUCUGGACACUUCUUACACUUACCACUGUGCCUGUUUAGCAGGCUAUACUGGGAAGAGGUGUGAAAAUGUGGUGGGAUGCCGCAGGCCUCCAGUGCCCAAACAUGGCUCCACGGAGGGGCUGUUUCUUCACUCUGGUGCCCGUAUCACUUAUCGGUGUGAUGUGGGGUUUAAACUGCGAGGGUUUCGUACUGCUAUCUGCCUUAGCGAUGGCACCUGGAGUGCACCGGCACCUGAAUGUGUGCCAGUGGAAAGAGUUUGUACUUUACCACCCAAGCCAGUAAAUGGUGACCACUUGUUGGUUUAUGGACCCAAUGAUGUCCUUAUUGCUCUUCAGUAUAUAUGCAACCAGCCCUAUGAACUCAUUGGAAUCUCUCAGAGAACCUGUCUCCCUAACAACACCUGGAUUGGGACUCCUCCUGUUUGCUCUAAAGUGAAUAACACGUUAUCUGAAAAGGAUAAAGUGCAAAAGACAGAACUUGGCAAAGGACCAGAUAAAGAGACUAACAAAGACACCAGCAAAACCAAAGAGAUACCUCAACAAAAUACAACAGAAAACAAACAUACUGGCGGGGAAGAUAUACACUCUGUUGGAAAGAACACAACAUUGGUUGACAAAGAAGAUAAGUUCACUGGAACAAUUCCAGAAAAUACUUUGGAAAAGGAUAAGGAUGAAGGAGAUAUAGAGGAAACAAAUACAGGUUUAGAAAAGACAAAUGAAGACAGAAAAAAAGAAGUGGACACUAAAAGCGGUGAUGGCAGCCUUAACAAAGUUGAGGAAGAAGAACCAGAGGCAUCACAACCACCUCAGAAAAAAGAAGACACUCCAGACCCUGAACCAGAGAAAAGAAAGACAAACACAACGGAAAUAAGGGAUAAAAAAAUCAAAGGGCAGAAAGAUAAGGAACGGAAAGAGGAACAAGUUAAUGGAAAGAAAGAUCCAGAUAAAUUUGGCCCAAAUGACACAAAACUGAAGACAAAUGUAUCUGAGGGUGAGAGUACGUUGGAAAUAUUUGAGCUGCAAACAAUAAAGAUCAGCACAAGUACCACGGAUUCAAAGGAUGCAAAAAAAGAAACCAGCACCAUUGGGACUCCAACAACGGUAAAGAAAAUGAACCCCUCUAGAGUUAAUGUGACACAGUUCACUUUGUACAGAGCAGGAGGGGAAAAUGGGAAAACAAAGGAGAAAUCUGAGGACGAAACUCGAACCUUUGAAAAAACGAAGCAAGUGGAAGCAAAGAGGAACGAAAAGGAAACAGAAGAAAACCUGAGCAUCACAGAGAAGAAGUGUCCACCUCUGCCUCGCCUAUACAAUGGCUACCACCAGGCGGUGCCAGAGUUGGAUAUGGAAACUGUGGAGUUCAUGUGCAACCACUCAUAUGCACUGAGUGGUGAUAAAAGGCGAAGCUGUCACCCUGAUGGUACCUGGAGUGGCAAACAACCUCUGUGUUUCAGAGCAUGUCGAGAGCCUAAAGUAUCAGAGCUGGUGAGACAAAGAGUUCUGCCACCAAAGGCACCAUCAAGGAAGACAGUAGUACACAGGCUUCUCUCCUCUGCACUUAACCAGCAGCUCUAUCUUGCUGCACCCACCAAAAGUUCCCCAGUGCUUCCCCAGUUGCCCCAGGGCUUCCACCAUCUUUACACUCACAUUGAGUAUGAGUGUGCUUCUCAGUACUAUCAACAUUUUGGCAGUGCUAGGCGGACAUGUUUGAAGACAGGGAAAUGGAGCGGACGUCAUGUCUCAUGUUCACCAGUCUGUGGGAAACAUGUAAACUUUGACCCAGAGAGGCUGGAAGAGGCUCACUGGCCCUGGCUGGCAGCCAUCUAUCGCCGCUCCCACAAGGGGACAGGGACUAAGGUGAUGAAGGCAAGCAGCCAGGAUGAACACUUAAAGAAGGAUACAGGAGCAAGAAGUAGCUACCUUGAUCAUGGCUCCGACUGGCAGCUGGUCUGCAGUGGGGCCCUGGUUAACCAAAGGAGUGUGGUGGUUGCAGCUCACUGUGUGACAGAGUUAGGUAAGAUGUAUCCUGUGGAUACAACCACUAUCAAAGUGGUCAUGGGGAAGCACUAUCGCGAUGACCGCAGAGAAAAUAAAGGUCCUCAACAACUCAGGGUAAGCUCAAUUGUUGUUCAUCCAAACUAUGAUCCUUUUAUUCUUGACUCUGAUAUUGCUGUUAUAAAGUUACAAGACAAGGCAAGGAUUGGAGAAAAAGUCCUGCCGCUCUGCCUGUCAGAGAACCAGGAAGAAGAGGUUCCAUCUGGUCAGGGGCUUGUAACAGGCUGGUCUCCUCUGCAGGAUAUGAGUUUGGGCCUCAACGAGAAGGCAAGGGUUGGGCUGGUUCACCUUGCAGAUAUAGUCCCAUGUGAGCAGCAGUAUGCACGUAAUGGCAUACCAGUCAGUGUUACAGACAAUAUGCUUUGUGCCAGCCAAAAACCUGACUAUGGACCAUCUAACAUAUGUCCAUCUGACACUGGAGGGAUCCUUGUCCUCCCUGCAAAUGCUGAGAACCAGGUCAGCAAAGGCUUGUGGAGAUUGCUUGGACUAGUGAGCUUUGGUUAUGAUCAGGGGGAGUGCAAUCCUGAACUCUACACAGUUUACACACGUGUGGCCAACUUUAAAGACUGGAUUGAAAGCAACAUGAAAUAAAGAUCAGACUGAUUUUUUUUCUCCUUUUUCGAGUAAUCUUUCUGUCCAAUGUCUAUUGCAAUGGGGCAUUUUCUAAGCAAAUGCAGACGCAACACUGGACAAUAUACUGCUUUAACUAAAGGGGUGCCAAAACAAAUAGAUGCAUUCCAUUUACCUCUUCCACUGAAUAACUCAAAGUUUAGGUCCCUCAACCUAAUAUUAAAGACUUGAAAAUUACCAGAAAACAAUUCAGCUGAAAAUUCAGCUGAUAAAGGUUUGGAUUGUACUGAUUUUUAUUAUUUCAGUUUUUCUGAAUAUCUUCAGCUUUGAUAGUGCAAAAGAUGUACAUAAUAUAUUAAAAGACAUAAUGUUACAAUUUUUAAUAAA